CGCGGGGCGGCAGCGGCAGCAUGCGGGGCUGCGGGCCGCUCGCGCUGCUGUGCGCGCUGCCCUGGCUGCUGCCGGCGGCGGGGGGCCGCCGCGACCCCCGCGACCCCGCCAGGGGCGCAGACUUCGACCGCGUCUACAGCGGGGUGGUGAGCCUCAGCACCGAGAACAUCUACUCCUUCAACUACACCAGCCUGCCGGGACAGGUGAAUGCUGUGAGGGUCUAUGUGAACAGUUCCACAGAGAACCUCAACUACCCAGUCCUGGUUGUGGUUCGCCAACAGAAAGCGGUACUGUCCUGGCAGGUGCCACUCCUCUUCCAAGGACUGUACCAGCGGACCUACAACUACCAGGAAGUGAGCCGUACUUUAUGUCCCUCAGAAGCGACCAACGAAACAGGACCUCUGCAGCAACUGAUAUUUGUAGAUGUUGCGUCCAUGGCACCCCUGGGUGCGCAGUACAAACUGCUGGUCACCAAAAUCAAGCACUUCCAGCUGCAGACAAACGUUCCCUUUCACUUCACUGCCAGCCCCUCUCAACCUCAGUAUUUCCUGUACAAAUUUCCUAAAGAUGUGGAUUCAGUUAUUGUUAAAGUCAUGUCCGAAGUGGCUUAUCCAUGUUCUGUGGUCUCAGUUCAGAAUAUUAUGUGCCCGGUGUAUGAUCUUGACCACAAUGUGGAAUUCAAUGGCGUCUACCAGUCCAUGACCAAGAAAGCGGCCAUCACACUACAGAAGAAGGAUUUUCCAGGGGAGCAGUUCUUUGUGGUGUUUGUGAUAAAGCCAGAAGAUUAUGCCUGUGGAGGAUCUUUCUUCGUCCAGGAAAAGAAUAACCAGACCUGGAAUCUACAACGAGCAAAGAACCUUAAAGUAACCAUUGUUCCUUCUAUUAAAGCAUCCGUUUAUGUAAAAUCAAUUCUUCUCAGUUGCCUCAUCUUCUUCUCCUUCUACUUGGGAUGCCUGUUUAUUGCGUUUGUCCAUUAUAUGAGGUUUCAAAGAAAACCCAUUGAUGGAAGCUUUGGUUCCAAUGAUGGUUCUGGAAAUAUGGCAGUCUCACAUCCAAUUGCAGCCAGCACCCCUGAAGGAAGCAAUUAUGGGGCAAUAGAUGAAUCAAGCUCCAGUCAGGGCCAACAGAUGUCUUCCUCAGAUGGCGGGCAAGCGGGUCAGUCUGACACAGACAGCUCCGUGGAGGAGAGUGACUUUGACACCAUGCCUGACAUUGAGAGUGAUAAAAAUGUCAUCCGAACCAAGGUGUUCCUUUACCUGUCGGAUCUCUCUAGAAAGGACCGGAGAAUUGUCAGCAAAAAAUAUAAGAUUUAUUUUUGGAACAUUGUCACCAUUGCUGUGUUUUAUGCACUGCCUGUGAUCCAGCUCGUGAUCACCUACCAGACAGUGGUAAAUGUCACUGGCAACCAAGACAUCUGCUACUACAACUUCCUCUGUGCUCACCCCUUGGGAGUCCUGAGUGCUUUCAACAACAUUCUCAGUAACCUAGGCCACGUGCUCCUGGGGUUCCUCUUCCUGCUGAUAGUCUUGCGCCGGGACAUUCUCCAUCGGAGAGCUCUGGAAGCCAAAGACAUCUUUGCCAUGGAGUACGGGAUUCCCAAACACUUUGGUCUCUUCUAUGCCAUGGGCAUCGCAUUGAUCAUGGAAGGAGUUCUCAGCGCCUGCUACCACGUCUGCCCUAAUUAUUCCAACUUCCAAUUCGACACUUCCUUCAUGUACAUGAUCGCCGGCCUGUGCAUGCUGAAGCUCUAUCAGACACGCCACCCCGACAUCAAUGCCAGCGCCUACGCCGCCUACGCCUCUUUCGCCGUGGUCAUCACACUCACCGUCCUCGGAGUGGUGUUUGGAAAAAAUGACUUGUGGUUCUGGAUCAUCUUCUCUGCCAUCCAUAUUCUGGCCUCUCUGGCCAUCAGCACGCAGAUCUACUACCUGGGCCGUUUCAAAAUAGAUGUUUCUGACACAGCAGAUCUGGGGAUGUUCCGGCGGGCCGCGAGGGUCUUCUACACAGACUUCGUCCAGCAGUGCAGCCGGCCUCUGUACAUGGAUAGAAUGGUGUUGCUCAUCGUGGGGAAUCUGGUUAACUGGUCCUUCGCCUUCUUUGGACUCAUGUAUCGGCCCCGGGACUUUGCUUCCUACAUGCUGGGUAUCUUCAUCUGCAACCUGCUGCUCUACCUGGCCUUUUACAUCAUCAUGAAGCUCCGCAGCUCAGAGAAGGUCCUCCCCAUCCCUCUAUUCUGCAUCAUCGCCACGGCUGUGGUGUGGGCUGCUGCCCUGUAUUUUUUCUUCCAGAAUCUCAGCAGCUGGGAGGGAACUCCAGCUGAGUCCCGGGAGAAGAACAGGGAGUGCGUUCUGCUCAACUUCUUUGAUGACCAUGACAUCUGGCACUUCCUCUCUGCUACGGCCCUAUUUUUCUCAUUCUUGGUGUUGUUAACCCUGGAUGAUGAUCUGGACGUUUCUCGGAGAGACCAGAUCCCUGUCUUCUGAUCCCACAGCAUUAAGAUAGGGAGAGAGAGAGACAGCUCAAUCUUGGUGCUGUUUCAAGAAAUACAACAAAAUUGUAAAGCUGCCACUGCCAAAUGCUUCAUCACCCUAUGAUCAACCAAGUCUGCACUCAUUCACGCCGGGGGAGAAGAGACAGGGGUGAUCCAAGCAUUCAAGAAGCUAGACAGGACAGGAAACACUGGCUCUGGGCAGAGGAUGGCCUCAAAGAAUCCAGAUACUCCAUCCUCUUCUGCUUACAACUCUGACUUGGACAGGAAUAAAAGCUGCAUGAAAACUAGGCCCCAA